AUGGCAGUGACAACUGAGUUGACUUGGAUGCAAGAGAAGUGUCUGCAAAAUUGCUUUGAAGGAAAGCAGUCCAGCCUUCUUUAUAAGGCUAGUGUCCAUGGAUUCUUUAGCAAAUAUUUGCUUAUUAGAUGUCAAAAACAAGGACCUACUCUAAUAGUGAUUUAUAGCAUAGGUUAUGUUAUUGUGGCAUAUCUACAAGAGAAUUAUUUGAAGGAAAACAAAGAUCUAAAGAAGAAAAACAUAACUGUGGAUCCCUCUAUGAUUGAACAAAUUGGACUACCUAAAUCUUGCAUUUCUUUUCAGGAAUGUGAGGUUUUUCGAUGUGAAGCUUCUUUUAACUACAAUUUGAGGCUAAGGAAUAUCUUACUGUAUUACAUGAAAAUUUAUAACCCAUAUGAGAAUCUGGUUCAGCAAACACGGAUUCUGUUUCUGGGCCCAAUUGGAGUGGGAAAGUCAAGUUUUAUUGACUCAGUGAAGUCUGUUUUCUGAGGUCAUGUAAUUAGCCAUGCUGUAGUGGGCUUUGAUACAAAGCAGGUGAGUGCAUCCUGGUUCAGGACAUAUGACAUUAAGGAUGGGAUGGAUGGAAACCCCUUACCAUUUAUUCUCUGUGAUUCAAUGGGACUGGGUGUGAAAGAGGAGGGGCUAUGCAUGGAUGAUAUAGCCUACAUGUUAAAAGAUCACAUUCCUGACAGAUAUGAGUUUAAUUCCAUAAAGUCAAUCACACCAAGCCAUCUAAAUUACAUUGACUCCCCAUUGCUGAAGGAUAGAAUUCAUUGUGUGGCAUUUGUGUUGGAUAUCAACUCUGUUGAAAAGCUCUCUCAUGAGAUCAUGAUAAAUAUCAAAAGAAUUAGAAGGAUGUUAAUAAAGUGUGGUUUGUUACAUGUGGUUUUGCUCACUCCAGUGGAUGCUCUGGAUCAGAUUACUAAAGCUGACCUUAUAGACCCAUACAGAUGUAUGCCUGUGAAGCUCAAGCUAGAGGCAGUUCACAGAGAACUUGGAUUUCCUCUUUCUGACAUAUUUGUGGUUAGUAAUUAUACUGAAGAGUGGGAGCUGGACAUUGCAAAGGAUUUUCUGAUCCUCUCUGCUCUGAAGCACAUACUGUUAGCUGCAGAUGCCUUCUUAGAAGAUUUGCCUCCUGAGGAAACAGUUACUAGUGACAAACUCAGCCUGAAUUACAUGAAUAAAAACCAGGAAUAUAGUAAUUGA